AGACUCAGACUCCUCUCUUCUUCCUGCUCUUAAUACCUAUUUAUACACUUUUAAUUUAUUUUCAGCACAAUUCUCUUCCCUUCCUCUGAAGCUUACUAAACUAUAACUAUAAAUUAAUCUCAAUCCAAACACGGUCUACGGAUUUCUCCUCUUCAACCCACAGAAACCCUUACUCAAACCCACACCAGUGACGCACAUAGUUAUAAAAGAUCUCUGAAAUCACCAUCAGCUAAGCUUCUUCUCAUAACCCUUAAAUUUAAACUGAAAAGACUCAAACUUUGGUAUUGGGCUCUCGUGCUCUCUUUAAAUUUCUCCAAACCCUAAAAAAGCAUUCAAAUUUUAUUGGUUUUUGAUUCGUAAAUUAGUUUUAAUCAAUGGAUGAUGUUGAAAAAGCAAUACUUAUAAGUUUUGAUGAAUCGGGAGCUAUAGAUUCAGCCCUAAAAUCACAAGCAGUCUCUUUCUGUCAGCAAAUUAAGGAAACCCCAACUGUAUGCCGCCUUUGCAUUGAGAAGUUGUGUUUUUGCAGGCUUGUUCAGGUUCAGUUUUGGUGUUUACAGACUUUACAUGAGCUUGUUAGGGUUAAGUAUGCUCUGUUGAGUUUACAAGAGAAGGAUUUCAUGAGGAAAUCCGUGUUUUCUAUGUGCUGUUUUGAGGCUAUUGAUGAUCACAAUAAUAAUGCUGUAAGGAUUUUAGAGGGCGGUCCUGCAUUUAUAAAGAAUAAGCUUGCUCAGGUUUUUGUUGCUUUGGUUUAUUUUGAGUACCCUUUAACUUGGUCUUCGGUGUUUGUUGAUUUUUUGCCUCAUUUGAGAAAAGGGGCGGUGGUUAUUGAUAUGUUCUGUAGGAUUUUGAAUGCUUUGGAUGAUGAAUUGAUUAGUUUAGAUUUCCCACGGACAUCUGAGGAGAUGGGGGUUGCAGGGCGGGUUAAGGAUGCUAUGAGGCAGCAAUGCAUAACACAAAUAGUGACUUUUUGGUAUGACGUUGUAUCUAUGUAUUGGAAUUCUGAUCCGGACCUUUGUUCUGGUGUGUUAGAUUCGAUGAGGAGGUAUAUUUCAUGGAUUGAUAUUGGGUUGAUUGUGAAUGAUCUAUUUAUUCCAUUAUUAUUUCAGCUGAUUUUAGUUGAUGGGGGAUCUGAUCAGCUUCAAGGUGCUGCUGCUGGGUGUGUUUUGGCUGUGGUUUCCAAGCGGAUGGAUCACCAAUCGAAGUUAUCAAUAUUGCAAAGUCUUCAGAUAAAUAGGGUUUUUGGGUUGGUAACUGGAGAUGGUGACUCGGAGUUGGUAUCAAAAGUAGCUACAUUAAUUACCGGGUAUGCUGCUGAGGUUUUACAGUGCUAUAAAUGGGUGAAUACAGACGAUGCUAAGGGUGUUUCUCUUGAGCUUUUGAAUGAAGUUUUGCCAUCUGUUUUUUAUGCAAUGCGAAACUUUGAGGUGGGCACCACAUUUAGUAUUGUGCAAUUCCUUUCGUGUUAUGUUGCCACUAUGAAGAGCCUUUCUCCAUUGAGGGAGAAACAACUGCGUCAAGUGGGUCAGAUAUUGGAAGUGAUAUGUGCACGAAUUCGUUAUGAUCCUAUCUACCGUGAUAAUCUUGAUAUGCUGGAUAAGAUUGGGAGAGAGGAGGAAGAAAGGAUGGCGGAAUCUAGAAAGGAUCUAUUCUUGUUGUUGCGUAGUGUGGGUCGUGUGGCCCCAGAUGUUACUCAAAUAUUUAUCAGAAAUUCUUUAGCCAGUUCUAUCUCAUCCAUGUCAGAAAGAAAUGUUGAAGAGGUGGAAGCUUCUCUUUCUCUUUUGCAUGCACUUGGAGAGUCAUUGAGUGAUGAUGCCAUAAAAACUGGAAGUGGACUGUUGCAUGAAUUGGUGCCAAACCUCCUCUCGACAAGGUUUCCGUGUCAUUCUAACAGGUUAGUUGCACUUGUGUAUUUGGAGACUAUAACUAGAUAUAUGAAGUUUGUUCAGGAGAAUACCCGUUAUGUCCCCGUGGUUUUGGCUGCAUUUCUGGAUGAGAGAGGAAUACACCACCCAAACUUCCAUGUGAGUCGUAGAGCUAGUUAUCUGUUCAUGAGGGUUGUGAGGUUGCUGAAAGCAAAGCUUGUGCCUUUCAUAGAGAAAAUUUUGCAGAGCCUCCAAGAUACAGUAGCCAGGUUUACAACUAUGAAUCAUUUAUCGAAUGAAUUUUCAGGAUCUGAGGAUGGUAUCCACAUCUUUGAGGCAAUUGGUCUAUUAAUUGGGAUGGAAGAUCUACCGCCGGAAAAGCAAUCUGAUUAUCUAUCUUCGUUGCUCACUCCUCUUUGUCAUCAGGUGGAGGCAUUACUCAUAAAUGCCAAUGUACUGAACCCAGAAGAAUCUCCAGUGAAAAUUGCUAAUAUUCAGCAAAUAAUCAUGGCAAUUAAUGCCCUCAGCAAGGGCUUUAGUGAGCGCCUGGUAACCACGAGUCGCCCUGCAAUAGGAGUCAUGUUUAAGAAGACAUUGGACAUUCUCCUCCAAAUACUUGUUGUAUUUCCAAAGAUAGAGCCUUUACGGAAUAAGGUUACAUCCUUCAUUCAUCGUAUGGUAGAUACUUUAGGAGCAUCUGUAUUUCCUUGCCUUCCAAAGGCAUUGGGACAAUUGCUUGCAGAAAGUGAGCCAAAGGAAAUGGUUGGGUUUCUUGUUCUGCUCAAUCAGCUUAUAUGCAAAUUCAACACCUCGAUGCAUCACAUAGUGGAGGAAGUUUUUCCAGCUAUUGCUAGUAGAAUCUUUAGGAUAGUCUCAACUAAAGAAUUGCCUUCAGGAGAUGGAAUCAGUUCUGAGGAAAUUCGUGAAUUACAAGAACUCCAGAAAACAUUUUACACAUUUCUUCAUGUGAUAACCACACACGAUCUAUCUUCAGUCUUCCUUUCAACCAAGAGUAGGGGCUACUUGGAUAAAAUGAUGCAUUUGCUACUGCACUCAGCAUGCAAUCACAAGGAUAUUCUUGUGAGAAAGGCGUGCGUGCAGAUAUUCAUUAGGUUAAUUAAAGACUGGUGUACAAGGCCUUAUGGUGAAGAAAAGGUACCUGGUUUCCAAAGGUUUAUAAUCGAUGGCUUUGCGAUGAACUGUUGUUUUGACAGCGCGCUUGACAAAUCCUUUGAGUUCCAUGAUGCAAAUACUCUCAUUCUGUUUGGAGAAAUUGUACUUGCUCAGAAGGUUAUGUACGAGAAGUUUGGUGAUGAUUUUCUUGCUCAUUUUGUAACAAAAUGCUUUACUUCUGCACAUUGCCCUCAAGAUUUAGCUUCACAAUAUUGCCAAAAGUUGCAGGGUAAUGAUAUGAAGGCAUUGAGAUCAUUCUACCAGUCACACAUCGAGAAUUUACGAUUUCAACAGAAUGGAAGCCUAGUUUUCAAAUAGCAAGAAUUAGCAUGAUUUUUGUGGGAAAUGAAAAUCGUUGUUUUGCCUAAUUGUUCCGUGAUAUAUAUUUUUGUGCAACAAUCCAAUACCUGUUCACCAAAGGUGUUGCAAGGCCUGGAUAUCAGCUGCCUGUUAUCUUGUUGGAGUAUAUUCUUUAUACGCGCUGCUCUUACACAAGUGAAUGUGCAGGCUCUUCAUGUAAAUAGAAUAUUGAGUUUAUUGUAUGGGGAACGAGGUAUUUUAUAGACUGAAUUCCUUUACAUGUUGGUCCAAUGUAGGUUGAUUAUUGCUUUCUGAAAUUGAUUUUUGUGGAGUCAUUGAUUUGAUCUCACUUAUUGUGCAGUUGUAUAUUUCCGGCAACAGUUUCUUUAUCGUGAAUAAGCUGGUUUGGACGAGCAGCUUAUUUUUUUGGGCGGAUGCAUGUAAUCAAAAGUCAGCUGUCUAGGUAUUUAAAAUAAAUGGCAAGAGGUUUUGAAGGGCCAUAUUUUGCAGGAAAAAACGAAAUUUUGUUUGGGAAUUUGUUGUGUUUUGUUAUUUACUUAUUUCGUUCUCAUCCAUUCUAAUUGAGUGCCUGCUAAACCCUUUCCACGUUGGGGAAGAGUAGCUGAAAUUCUCUUUUAUUUAGUUAGAAUCUUGGGAAUCAGAAAAUGAAAUAUUUGCUACUUUGCUUA